CUCGUGACUGACGCGGACCAAUCGUCUUGCGCCAAAUACUGAAUGUUGAUAAACGUCGUUCAAUGUGUCAGAAAAUGGUCACGAAAGGAAUAUAAAGCUCAUUCCAUCUAUUUAGUUGUUACAAAAUUACGCAAAAGUACCAGUAAUUUGUGUUGUAAAUAGUGACAUUGUAAUUAUUGCUCUAUUCGCUAGACAUCCUGCAUAAAAAUGGACUCUUUACCCGUCACACUCAUAGUGAAGGCUCCAAAUCAACAAAUCGAGGAUCAAAAAAUUAGGUGUGAAACGUCAUGGACUAUUAAUAAAUUGAAGCAACAUUUAUCGGAGGUUUAUCCCAGCAAACCCCCACAACAUGAACAAAAGCUAAUAUAUUCCGGCCAGUUACUGAACGAUUCGGUGAUUUUGAAAGAUAUUCUUCGACAAUACGAGGGCCAGGACACCCAUACAGUCCACUUAGUGUGCGCACCGCCUCUAGUAAACCCGAAAAUGAUCAAUCGAGCAAGGCAGGUGGAGAGAAGAAAUUCUGGAGAUGUUGCUGCUAAUCCAGGCAACGCGGCUGCUAACAGCCAACCAGCAACAGCCAGGCCAUCAGCUCCAGAAGUGACCACUCAGCCAACCACAAACAAUCCUCGAGUUCCCGCAGCUUUUCCGCAUGAACGAUAUCCAGAAAACGGAUUUCCUUGGACUCAAUACGCCGAGCAAACGCCUCAAAUGAAUCUCAACACUUUGAAUCAGUAUCAGUUGCAAAUGGCUUUGAUGCAACAAGCUUAUAUGCAGUAUAUGACUCAGUAUAUGCAACUAGCUUCAGGUCAAAUACCAGUAUCGUCACCGCAUCCUAACCCUGUUCCGCAACCCAACGUUCCAGUGAAUGCGCCCAAUGGGCAACAAAAUCAACCAGAACUGGCCGCUCAACAAAACGCUCCGGCACAACCACAAGCGGAAAAUGAAGAACGCGAUUGGCUAGAUGUUUUCUACAUGCUUAGUAGGGCGAUGGUUUUCUUCAGUGUUGUUUAUUUCUAUUCUAGCCCCCUUAGAUGUAUUUUUGUGGUGUUUUUGGGGGUGGCUUUGUAUCUGUAUCAAGCUGGUUUCUUCAAUCAUAUAAAUAUCAACAACAACAAUAACAUAAAUGGUACGCCGGAGGGUGAGCCGCAAGAAGAACAGGUUCCCACAAGGUUUAUGGUCGCGUGGACCUUUAUAUCUACAUUUUUCGCCUCGCUUAUACCAGAAAUUCGGCCGAAUAUGAACGCGUGAAAUCUGGUCGCUUUCGAGAAAAAUGCUUUUUGAUUACUAGGCACUUUUUGUAUCAAGAAAAUAUGUAACAUGGCCUUUAAAUAGUUGUACCAAAUAACUUUGCAUUUAUAUUAGGUGGUAAUUUGUUGAUCGAUACAAGAACAAUUGAACAAGUAAUUUCAGGGAUUCCAAAUCCGCAAUACUACUUGCUCAAUUUGCCUGUAUACCUACAUUUUCAUACACACAACACAACAGUUUUCUUCGUAUGACUAAUGUUUAGUAUUUUCAAUGAUUAAUGUAAUAGUACCUGAUCUAUAAAUAGAUGCUGAAAUUAUCAAACUUUGCCUAGUAGGCACCAAGAAAUAUGUUUAAUUUAUUUGAAAUUAUAUUCAUAGAUAUAUAUAUAACUUCCUUGGGAUGCAAACUCGCCCGUUUCGAGAUUUCAAUAUUUGAUGAGUCGAGUAUUUUUUAGGCAUAAUAAAUCAAUAAUCAACGAUCCCACCUUCAAAUCAAAAAAUACUGUUUUUCACCUUCUGUUUCUAAACAUUUUUUCCAUUGUAAUUGUAUUCACGCUGACACAAAAAAUAUAUUUAAAAUGAAAUUAUUAAUACAUUUAGAGAUCUGUAAUAAAGUCUACAAAAUAGUAGAUAGAGCUUCGCGUAAAAAUUAUUUAUUGUAAAAUACUUUUAGUUACCCAUCUGUAUAUAAAAAAUGUUUCAUAUAAUUAUGUAUUUUACUUAGUUUUAAUUGAAAUGUGAUUUAGAUAAAGGAUAAUAAAGUAAUCUUUAUAAA